CCGGCUAUGGUCCCGGGGCUCCCGCUGCCCCCGAAGCGUCCGGGCCGCUCCCGGUCAGUGCGCCCGGCUCACCUCCGCGCGUCGCUCGCCUCCCGCGCUCGCCGCCGCCUCCUCCCCGCUGCCUCGCGCUGACCCACCGGGGCACCCCGAGUCCCCCCGAAGAGCUCGGCGCUUCAGCCCGCACGCAGCCCAGGGGGCUCGGAUCCCUCGCGCCCCGCCCGGCCGGCUCCUCGCGGCUCCUCCUGGCCAUGGGGAGCGGCGCGCGGCUGCUGCUGCUCUGGGGCUGCUCCGCGGUGGCCGCAGGACUGAUCGGCGUGCUUGGAGCAAGGUCCCGCUGUGAUAAAGCCUGUAACCCUCAAAUGGGAAAUCUGGCCCUGGGGAGAAGGCUCUGGACAGACACCACCUGUGGCCAGAACUCCACAGAGCUGUAUUGCUUCUCCAGCGAGAAGGCUGAUCUGACUUGUCGGCCACCUAAAUGUGACAAAUGCAAUGCUGCACAGCGUCACCUGGCUCACCUGCCAGCUGCCAUGGCAGACUCGUCCUUCCGGUUCCCCCGCACAUGGUGGCAGUCAGCAGAGGAGGUGCAGCAGGAAAAGAUCCAGUUAGACCUGGAGGCUGCAUUCUACUUCACGCAUCUAAUUAUGGUGUUCAAGUCCCCCAGGCCAGCAGCCAUGGUGCUGGAACGGUCCCAGGAUUUCGGGAAGACUUGGAAGCCUUAUAAGUACUUUGCCAGGAAUUGUUCGGCCACAUUUGACCUGGAAGAUGAUGUGGACCAGAAAGGAGCAAUUUGCACUUCUAGAUACUCCAAUUCUUUCCCAUGCACUGGAGGAGAGGUGAUUUUCAAAGCAUUGUCCUUUCCCUAUGGAGAGAACCCUUACAGCGCCAAAGCACAGGAGCAACUGAUGAUCACCAAUCUCCGCAUACAGCUACUUAAACGCCAGUCCUGUCCCUGCCAGAAAAGUGACCCAAAUACAAAGCCCCAACGGUUCAUGCACUACGCAAUCUAUGAUUUCAUUGUCAUGGGCAGCUGCUUCUGUAAUGGCCACGCUGACCACUGCAUCCCUGUAGAUGGCUUCCGACCUGUCAAGGGCCCUGGAAUCUUUCGUGUGGUCCAUGGGAAGUGUAUGUGUAAGCAUAACACAGCAGGCACUCACUGCCAACAAUGUGCACCAUUAUUCAAUGACCGCCCCUGGGAGGCAGCGGAUGGCAAAACAAAAUCCCCUAACGAGUGUAGAACCUGCAAGUGUAAUGGGCAUGCUGAUACCUGUCACUUCAACAUGAGCCUGUGGGAGGCCUCUGGGAACCGCAGUGGUGGCGUUUGUAACAACUGUCAACAUAACACCGAAGGGCAGCACUGCCAGCGCUGUAAGGCUGGCUUCUACAGAGACAGCCGCAGGCCCUUCUCUGCUCCUGACGCGUGCAAGGCAUGUUCCUGCCAUCCUGUUGGAUCAGCAUCACUUCCCUUCAGCUCAGUGACCUUCUGUGACCCCAGCAAUGGUGACUGCCCUUGCAAGCCUGGGGUGGCAGGGCCUCACUGUGACAGGUGCAUGAUGGGGUACUGGGGGUUCGGACACUAUGGUUGCAGGCCAUGUGACUGCGCUGGAAACUGUGACCCUCUCACAGGAGACUGCAUCAGCAGCAACACAGAUAUAGACUGGUAUCAAGAAAUUCCUGACUUCCAGUCUGUGCACAAUAAGAGUGAAACCACCUGGGAAUGGGAGGAUGAGCAAGGAUUUUCCGCACUUCGACAUUCAGGUAAAUGUGACUGUAAAGAACAGGUAUUAGGAAACUCCAAGGUUUUCUGCGGAAUGAAAUAUUCAUAUGUGCUAAAAGCCAAGAUUUUAACCGCCCAUGAUAAAGGAUCUCAUGCUGAGGUAAAUGUAAAUAUUAAAAAGGUCUUAAAAUCAACCAAAUUGAAAAUUUUACGAGGAAAGCGAACAAUAUAUCCAGAAUCCUGGACGACUCGAGGCUGCACUUGUCCCGUCCUCAACCCUGGUAUGGAGUACCUGGUAGCAGGGCACGAAGAUGUAAAAUCAGGCAGGCUGAUCGUGAAUAUGAAAAGUUUUGUCCAUCACUGGGAACCAUCUCUUGGAAGAAAAGUCAUGGAUAUCUUAAGAAGAGAGUGCAAGUAGCAAUAUCUAUGUUAGCGCAUGAUGGCACUUCUCUGUAUGUGUAUAAAGCACAAACAUAAUGAAAAGGAGACCUCAGAAAUGAAACUGGAAUUAUUGUUUAAGUGCCAAAAUCUAUAGAAAUCUUUCUAUGCAUGGGCCUAUUGCUUUGGGGCCCAUGUUUAAAAUCACUGUGUUUGAAAAAGAAAGAAUGAAAAAUUCUAUGUUAAUACCUGUUUUCUAUGUAACUGAUUCUGAAAUGUGUACCUGUUAAGAGUGUUUUAAUAGCACUAUGAUAUUUAGCAGUAAUGCAUUAAGGGUAAGACCUGUAAUGGGAACUCCACCCAGCCUCAGAUAGGUCACUUACAUCUGUGCGAUACUUAAAGUCAUCAAUGACAGUUUCAGUAACUCCCCCAUCCCACAAUGAGAAAAAGUGUUAGUUGAAAAGAGCCCCUCUCUUGCUCGAGGUGUGUGAACUUUGGUAUUGGGGUGAUGUUCAGCAAAACCUAUCUAUGUGUAUAUAAUAUUUCAUUGUAUAAAGCACUUUACUACCUGCCACUUGUGUUGUGAAAGAUUUGGAGACAGCAGUUGCAGAGGGAAAAGCAUGGGUCAGAAAAGCUACUGAAACAGAGGCACUGCCAUUGCCUGUGUAGAGAGAAGGCCUUCAAAAGGAAGGUGUACUGUUCCUGGUACCAGACUGUGGCAAAACAUGACCUAGAAGUUUGUGAGAAGUUUUCAGUUUGGGCAUGAAGUUCAGCUCCACAGAUUCCAGCCAUGAUGAAAUGUCUUAAACCCUUCAAGAAGAAGAGUUUUUAAAAUAUGAGGAAUUGUAAGUGUAUAAAUAUGCUUGGAUAAAGAAGAAAAUAACUUUAAAUUUAAAAUUAAAAACUCAUUUCUCUUCAAUGCACUUGUAAACACUUCAAAAAAUGAUUGUAGACACAGACUUUGUUUUAUUUUUGUUUAGUAUUUAAUAUGAAAUCAUGAAGCAAUUUCCCUUGUCUUUAUUAGCAAUGUAUGGUCGUGAUACUUCCUAGAUAUAUUUUUGGGGACACAGUGUAUGUGAUGGCUCACAAAAUGACAGUUUUUCAUCCUUAUUCAUAUUCUAUACCCCAACACAGCUACUGCCUAGUUUCUUCUUUACUUGAAUAUAUAACACAUAAACCACAAGGCCACAGAUUAACUUCACAUACAGAACAUAUUUUUCCUGAGGUCCUGUGGACUUAUAGAAAUAUAUAUAUAUAUUGCUUUGUUAAUUUUUUUAUAUUUCAUGUAUGAAAUAAAGGACUAUGAUCUCCUAA